AUGUCCACAGUUCAGAUCACUUUCAAUGAAGAUGAAUACUGGAGGCUAAAGCAGCUCCAGAUGACAGGUCCGCGGUUCACUGACACAGCUGUUAUGAAGAUAGACACCAUUGAGGAAAUCAGCCAUAAUUUUCAUACGACGGUCUACGGCGGGCAGACCCAAGGUCCUAGGACGCUGCUGGUUCUCAAGUUUGCUCACUCCGCUAAGGCUCUGGAGGAUCUUCAAAGGGAGGCAGAUCUUUAUCAGAACCAGCUCUCUCGUCUUCAGGGAACUGUGAUCCCCAUGUUCUAUGGAUUGUUCGAGGUGGUGUACGAUGCCAUCCAUAUAGGCUGCCUGAUUCUGGAGGACGGCGGUGAUAGGCACUAA